CUGCAAUUUCCUGUAGAAUCACCCAGGAAACAUCAAUGAGUUUGUAGUGCUUUUCUGCAAUACUUCUUGCUUUGGAAUCUGUAUGUUUAUUUAUAUGUACAUGUUCUCUGCUUCCCAUAGCUGCUAUUCUUUGUGAAAACAAAAAGAAAAAAAAUAGGGAUUGGAAUUUGAACUGUACGAUGGAGAGCUAUAUGAAUGAAGGUUUUGUGGCAGUGAAAGCGAAACACUCGUCUGAAGAGGCAUUGCAGAAAUGGAGGAAUCUAUGCGGUGUUGUAAAGAACCCAAAGCGAAGGUUUCGAUUCACUGCCAAUCUUUCAAAACGAAUCGAGGCUGCUGCUAUGCGACGUACCAAUCAGGAGAAGUUACGGAUUGCUGUUUUGGUUUCAAAAGCUGCAUUUCAAUUUAUUCAAGGUGUGCAGCCAAGUGACUAUGCUGUACCUGAGGAAGUUAAAGCUGCAGGUUUUCAGAUUUGUGGUGAUGAAUUGGGAUCUAUCGUUGAAGGUCAUGAUGUAAAGAAACUUAAAUUUCAUGGUGGGGUAGAUGGUCUUGCUGAAAAGCUCUGUACAUCAGUUACUAAUGGACUUACCCUUGACACCAACUUACUAAACCGCAGACAAGAGAUUUAUGGAGUAAAUAAAUUUACAGAGAGCGAACCGCGGGGUUUCUGGAUAUUUGUUUGGGAAGCCCUUCAAGAUAUGACUCUUAUGAUCCUUGGCGUAUGUGCUUUUGUGUCUUUGAUAGUUGGUAUAGCAAUGGAAGGAUGGCCAAAAGGGGCACAUGAUGGCCUUGGAAUAGUUGCAAGUAUCAUGUUGGUUGUCUUUGUUACAGCAAUAAGUGAUUAUCGCCAAUCUUUACAGUUUAAGGAUUUGGACAAGGAGAAAAAGAAGAUAUCUAUUCAUGUUACAAGAAAUGGAUAUAGGCAGAAAAUGUCAAUAUAUGAUUUACUUCCUGGUGAUAUUGUACAUCUUUCCAUUGGGGACCAAGUCCCAGCAGACGGGCUGUUUGUUUCGGGAUUUUCUAUGUUAAUUGACGAAUCAAGUUUAACUGGUGAGAGUGAGCCGGUAAUGAUAACCAAAGAGAACCCUUUCCUUCUUUCAGGAACCAAGGUCCAAGAUGGAUCAUGCAAGAUGUUGGUUACCACAGUUGGGAUGAGAACCCAAUGGGGUAAAUUAAUGGCAACUCUUAGCGAAGGUGGAGAUGAUGAAACCCCCUUGCAGGUUAAGUUGAAUGGAGUGGCAACCAUUAUUGGGAAAAUAGGUCUUUUCUUUGCCAUUGUUACUUUUGCAGUUCUGGUCCAAGGGUUGGUUAGUCGUAAACUGAGAGAGGGAACGCACUGGAGCUGGAAUGGAGAUGAUGCAUUGGAGUUGUUGGAAUUCUUUGCUGUGGCAGUUACAAUUGUUGUUGUUGCUGUACCGGAGGGAUUGCCAUUGGCUGUAACGUUGAGCCUUGCCUUUGCCAUGAAGAAGAUGAUGAAUGAAAAAGCACUUGUUCGAAAUCUUGCAGCUUGUGAGACUAUGGGAUCAGCCACAAAUAUAUGCAGUGACAAAACUGGGACUCUAACUACUAACCGCAUGACAGUUGUGAAAUCAUGCAUUUGCAUGAAUGUUAAGGAGCUGAGCGCCAGCAAUGCUUCUAGCUUAUGCUCUGAGCUUCCAGCAUCUGUUGUGAAAAUUCUUACACAAUCAAUUUUUAACAACAAUGGUGGAGAAGUUGUGGUUAACAAAAAUGGAAAGCGCGAGAUACUGGGAACACCUACUGAUGCUGCUUUACUGGAAUUUGGCUUGUCAGUUGGUGGAGAUUUCCAUGCGGAGCGACAAGCUACUAAAAUUGUUAAAGUUGAGCCUUUCAAUUCUGUGAAGAAACGGAUGGGAGUGGUGCUUGAGCUUCCUGAAGGAGGUUUGAGAGCCCACACUAAAGGUGCUUCAGAAAUAGUUUUGGCUCAUUGUGAUAAGAUGAUCAAUUCAAGUGGUGAAAUUGUUCCCCUUGAUGAUGCAUCGAUUAACCAUCUCAAAACUACAAUUGAUGAAUUUGCUAGUGAGGCCCUUCGAACUCUGUGUCUUGCGUAUAUAGAACUAGAAAGAGGGUUCUCUAUUGAGGAUAAUAUUCCAGUUUCUGGAUAUACUUGUAUUGGAAUUGUUGGCAUUAAAGAUCCUGUUCGUCCUGGUGUCAAGGAGUCUGUUGCAGUGUGUCGUUCUGCAGGUAUUACAGUCAGAAUGGUUACAGGAGACAAUAUCAACACUGCAAAGGCUAUAGCAAGGGAAUGUGGGAUCCUCACUGAUGAUGGCAUAGCCAUUGAAGGUCCAGAUUUCAGGGAAAAGAAAGAGGAGGAACUACUAAAAAUAAUCCCCAAAAUUCAGGUGAUGGCUCGAUCUUCACCUUUAGACAAGCAUACACUAGUGAAGCACUUGCGGACAACAUUUCAGGAAGUUGUUGCUGUAACUGGUGAUGGAACAAAUGAUGCCCCAGCACUUCACGAGGCAGAUAUUGGAUUAGCCAUGGGCAUUGCUGGGACUGAGGUUGCUAAAGAGAGUGCUGAUGUCAUAAUUUUGGAUGAUAAUUUCUCCACAAUAGUCACAGUGGCAAAAUGGGGACGUUCAGUUUACAUAAAUAUUCAAAAAUUUGUACAGUUCCAGCUGACUGUCAACGUUGUUGCAUUAAUUGUUAACUUCACUUCAGCUUGUUUGACAGGGACUGCUCCCCUUACAGCUGUUCAACUAUUGUGGGUCAACAUGAUCAUGGAUACAUUGGGAGCUCUUGCCCUUGCAACUGAACCUCCAACUGACGACUUAAUGAAGCAUGCACCUGUUGGAAGGAAAGGAAAUUUUAUCAGUAAUGUUAUGUGGAGGAAUAUUCUAGGGCAGUCUUUCUAUCAGUUUAUGAUAAUAUGGUUUCUUCAGGCUAAAGGAAAAGCGAUCUUUCGUCUUGAUGGCCCAGAUUCUGAUUUGAUACUGAACACUCUUAUUUUCAAUACAUUUGUCUUUUGUCAGGUGUUUAACGAGAUCAGCUCACGCGAGAUGGAGGAAAUAGAUGUUCUGAAGGGCAUUUUAGAUAACUAUGUUUUUGUGGCAGUCAUCGGAUGCACUGUUUUCUUCCAGAUCAUAAUCGUUGAGUUCCUCGGAACAUUUGCAAACACAACUCCUCUAUCUUUUGCACAGUGGUUCCUAAGCGUAUUCAUUGGAUUUUUAGGCAUGCCAAUUGCUGCUGGUUUAAAGAUGAUACCUGUUUAAAAACUCUUAGAUGAAUUAGACGGUAUUUCUUAAGUUUACGUACAAACGUUUGUUGGGGUGGCAGAGAUCUACAAGUUUCCAUUCCUGCAAAAGGGUAGAAAUAUGAGGUGACAGACUGAGAAAGUACAUUUGAAGUCUUAUCAGAAUCUCAACUCCAAAGAUAUGUAGAAUCCGAAAUGUUCUUUAAUAUUGUUUUUGCUUUCUUCGCACUCAAGGUGGAGAAUAGAAGAUGUAGAGAUAAAAGGCCUACUGAGAAGCUGAAACUGAUGUCAACUUUUCAGGUAGCUUGAAGUUAAUCAAAUUUAGGACGAUGACAAUGUUUCUCUCUUGUAUUUAUUUUUGUAGUCUUUGUAAUUGAAUUUUUUUUCCUUUAUUGCAAUUUCUUUUUUAAAUGUAACUAUUUUCUUUGUAUGGUUAUUGAGUUUCUUUGAUUCUCCCCCCCCUUAAUCAGCAUGUAACAAAUUUUCUAUUCUAAUGAAUUGUUUUAUUUUAUUUUUCUUCUA